GAACAGAUGCUUUCUUUCACACGAACUAAAUGAUAAGAGGAGAAGCUGCAGAUUUUUCCAAAUCCAGCAUAUGCUGGCGUAACGCAAGGAUUCUCUUUUUCUUAUAAAGCUCAAAUAUCCUUGGCACAAAGAAAAUACGCCAUGACGACUGCAAUAAUUUCAGUACUUGCUGCUAUGUACUUGGGGAGUACGUUCGAUCUGAUAAAAUACCAGAAAGGUAAUGCAGAUGUCUUCGAACCGAGUACCUUGGAAGGAAAUUUACAGGUAAUAGAUAGGAGCUUCACGCGGUCUCAGUACAAAUUAGUUGAAACUUCCACUCAAGCAAGAGAAUUCUUGGACGUCAGCGGUGCCCUUUCGUUGAGAAUUAAAAAAGGAGAUAUAUCUGUUGAUGGUACGGGUGCAUACUUAAAAGACAUAUCGAAUCGACAAAAAUUCGUUGAACUCCUCGUUAGAGUACAACAUGAAACGGUGACGGAGACUAUUCCUUCUCAUUUGAAACCGAAGCUGGAUUGGAUGUCACUGCCUCCUGAAAGCGUAGGCACUCACUACGUGAGAAGUAUCACCUAUGGAGGUGAACUGAUUGCUUCUCUCAGACUCAAAGCAAACAACAGAGAAGAAAGAGAAAUGAUUAAAGCAGCUGUCAGCGCUAAUCUACAGCUAACUGGAACAUUUGAUCUUAAUGCUAAUGGAAGCUUUGAUAAGCUGAGGAAAGAUUUGGCCGGCAUGUAUAAAGAAGAGAUUAAAGUCAUGGCAACGAAGAGCCCAUCAAGUCCUCCUCAGACUGUCGAAGAAUUGAUGAAACUGGUCGACGAUUAUCCCAAGGAAAUAAAAACAAUUAAUAACGGCAAAGGCAAGGCUCUCAAAGCUGAGCUGCAUCCACUCUCUUCUUUAAAAUCAGACUUCCCUAAUUAUCUACCGAACAGUGCCAUUAACGCUCUUUUGAAUGACGUGGAAACAAAAUAUGACGACAUACGUAUAGUAAUGCAUGAAAUAAUUCCGUGGAAUAAUAAGAGAUUAGAUUCUACUGAAGAAGAAGAUUUGAAGGUAGAAGAACUGUAUGCUGCUGUGUCGAACGCCCAAACAGCUUUUCACAAAGCCAUCAGUGACUUAGACGUUUCUAUCAAAGGGAAGUCCAACCAAUUUGAAGAGGCCUUUAAGGCAUAUGGAACAGGAAAAGAAAAUAUUCCAAAUAGGUUCCAGAGAUGGUUCUGGAAACUCAGGCAUGAAAUUACUAAAGAGCCUAUUGUCUGGGAAAACCCAUCAGGAAGUGGUGCCAUUUUAAUUAAUUGGGGCGUGAAAACCUGCCCAACAGCAUCUUUGCCGGAUGUGGAAUUGCUAUAUACAGGACGUGCUGCAGGUACACCAAACAAAGCCUGGGCUGGAGGCAGAAACUUCGAGUGUAUGCGAGAUGAUGAACCCAAACUCUCCAAACCAAUCGGCACACCACCUAAACCUGCUUAUGUGGAAACUGUUGAAUACCGGACCUUUGCAGAUCCAGAGAAGAGUCACCCAAUUUUAUGCGCUGCCUGUUUCAUAAAAGAGACUAUGGCAGUGAAAACAUUCUAUGCUCGUACAUCUUGCCCUAAAAACUGGAAGAAGGAAUAUUCUGGUCUUAUGAUGGCAGAUAGUGUCUCGAAUGUCGACACUGAGUUCAUGUGCCUGAACAAGGAGGCUUUCGCUUAUGAUGACCCUGAAACCAGUGGUGGAAACCACGUAGCAAAAUUGAACCCAGUAUGGAUGUCUUGCCAUAACUGCGACGGGGAGAAGAUUGCUCCGUGUGUUGUAUGCAGUUAUGAAAACAAAUCCGAAUUGCUAUCUCCUUCAAAAGAAUAAUUGAUGAUACACCUGGGAAAGAAGAAAUAUUUUUGAAUUAAAAGCAAGAUGUAAAUUGAAAAUCUCUGCAUUAAAAGGAUUAUGACAAAAUUAUGUAUUUAGUGUUUGAAAUUAUUUAUAAAUAAAAUCUCAAGUGAUAAAUCAAAACUA